UCGCUCCGUUUAUACCGGGUUGUACCACUCAUUGAACAAAAACGGCGCGCCACUUUACAUAUGACAUGUACACUACCCGCCGCUAGAACUAAUAUUUUGUUAUGGACAAGCGCACCAGCAGCAGGGGCGAGCCCAUCUCGAGCAUUCUCAAGAAGCCCAAGAGUCGAAUAAAAGGCGGGUUCCUCGACAAAAGCACUAAAAUUAAGCGCGAGAAGGUAGACGACACUAAGAAGGGCGAGGAUGUGAGUGCCCCACUACCACAGGGUUGCACACCCCUCAUGUACGCCUGUCAACAGGCUGACUACAAAUCUGUCGUCGAUACAUUAAACAAGGACCCAGCAUCAGUGCGUAUCCGCGAUAGAGGACUGCGCUGCGCGUUGCAUUACUGCGCGUCGAGCGGUGCGGGCGCUAAUCAAGCUGCCCGCGCCGCUUGUGCAGACCGCGUGCUUAUGGCCGCGCCAGCUCUGGCUGACGCCCGCGACGCUGACGGUCUCACACCGUUGCACCUCGCUGUUGUCCACGGUAACGUGCCGCUGGUGCAAACAUUACUGGCGGCUGGGGCUGAUGUGAAUGCGAGGGACGAUGAACAUCACACCGUAGUACAUUGGGCUACUGUAUGUGGUGAAGUGGGUGCGCUGCGUGCUGUGCUUGCUUCGGGUGCAGAUUCCGCGACGCCUGACCAGCACGGCGGGUAUCCCUUACACUAUGCAGCACAGAUGUGUGGUGCACCAGCGGCCACUGACCACCAGACGAGAGGCGCAGCUUUAGAAGUACUUCGGGCGUUAGUUAAAGAGGGUGGUGCCCGUGUAGACGUAAGAGAUGCUGAUGGUCGAACGCCACUGCUGUGGGCGGCGUCUGCGGGAUCUGCAGCGGCAGUAUUGGCUCUACAUCAGGCUAACGCAAAAGUUGACGAUGCUGAUAGGGAUGGGCUGACGGCUUUGCACUGUGCGGCAGCACGUGGACACACUGAAGCUUUAGAAACUCUCCUUGACCUGUGUGGUGCCCGUGUUGACGUAGCCGAUUCUCACGGUUGUACUCCCUUGCACUAUGCUGCUGCAUUAGGGCAUGCCGAUGCUACUGCAGCAUUACUACAGCAUGGAGCAGAUUCACACCGUCAAGAUAGAAGGGGUCGUAGUCCGGCACAUACAGCAGCAGCAAAAGGACAGAUAGAAACUGUUCGAAUUCUUGGAGCGAGAGGAGCGAAUCUAUGGCUACGUAAUUCCAAAGGAGAUCUACCACUCCACGAAGCAGUGGCUUCAGGAAGGAGAGAACUAGUUAAAUGGCUUUUAGAUGGAAGACCGUCACAAGUUAAUGCAACUAAUCACGAGGGUCGUACACCAUUACAUAUAGCAGCAGCCACAGAUAACGCUGAUUUGUGUAGACUAUUAUUAGAUCGUGGUGCUGAAGUAAAUCCUGUAGCUAGAUCUUCGAAAAAUGACCCGUUAACACCAUUAGAUUGUGCUACAACUCGGGGUCAUAGAUCGACUGCAAAAUAUUUACAAAUGCAUGGAGGAGUACCGGCUUCAAAACUAGCUAAUACGCAAAUAGUAAUUGAUGGUGCUCCAAUUACAGCCUUACCAACACGAAGAGUUACAAGUACAAAAAUUGAUGUUCGUGACAAAAUAAGAAUAGAAAAGCGUGAAGUCGUGGAACUUUCAAGUCCUAUGCAGGAAAGAAGAUAUUUAAAGGAUAGAAACGAUAGUGAUUCCACAAAUGAUUCAUCUUCUUUAGAUAGAAAACGAUUGGCACGGCGAUCACCUAGUAAAUACUCAGGAAAAUACGAUAAACGAAAAAGACUUGCAGAAUCUCAAAAAAGUUUUAGUGAUGGUUAUGAUACCGAAUUGGAUGGAUAUACAAAAGGUAAUAUUGAUCACAAAAAGCACAAAAAAAGUUCAAGAAAGUCUAGAUCAAAAAGUGAGCCAUCGCGCCGUAAUGGUAGUAGUUCAAGACAUCAUCGAAGCUACCGAUCUGGUACAGAUAGUUCUUCUGAUACUGAAAGUUAUUCCGAAAAGAAAAAAAGCAAACGUCACCGUAAACGUAAUAAAAGAAAAUCUAGCUCUUCAGAAAGUAGCAGUUCAGAGUCAAGUGAUCGGCGGAGUACUAAACGUAAAGGUAAAAAAACAUCAAUUCACAUUGAAAACGAUGACGAAAAACAAAGCGUUAAUAUUGUAAAAUAUAAAACUAUUGACACACAAAAUGUAGAAAAAAGUGAAGAUUUGUUACCAAAUAUCGAUGCUUCUGCAAAUAUUGUAAUACCUGAAUCUGAAAAAGAAGAUAGUCAAUUAGUUAAAAGCAAAACAUUAAGUGAAACAGAAACUGACACUCUCUCUGUUAAAACUAACAUGAUUGUUACAGAAGCACAGAUACAUAUGGAACGAGAAUCAGCUCAACAUGGAAAUUCUGAACUAACUGUAACUGUUGAUUCUUCUAAUAAUAUAUCAAUAGAAACGGCAAAUUUAUCUGUCACUCAUAAAGACAUUAAUGCUGAAGAAAAAUUGGAGGAUGAAAAACAUAAUGAAGGAUACCUCGUAACUGCAGAAUCAGCGGUACAACUAAUAGCAGGCACUGAAGGGAAGAUUCCUACACCAACUAAACUAGGUGAAUUGGAUAAAGAACCUGUGACUACAAAAUCUCCAGAAAAUACUUCUAACAGUGAAAAAGUUAAAUCUCUUACAGCAUCUAACUCUAAAGACAAUGAAAGUGCAACAAUAACAAACGAAGAUAUAAAACAAAUGCAAGGAUCAACUGAAGCUGAUUCUACUUCACUCAACGAAAGUAAAUUAAAAGAUACCUCUCCGUCCACUUCAGAUAAAGUAAGGAAAAGGUCAUUUCAAGUAUUAUCAGGACCGGAUGAAGCAAUAUUAAUACAGAGUAAAGAUAUGUCUGGCGAUAUGAAAACAAGUCUAGAUGCUCCCAGCAUUGAACAAACAGAAUCUCAGGAUAAAAGUAGUUCUCCUGUAGUAUCAUUCGCUAAUAAAGAUGAAAUAUUUGAAAGCAAGGACUCACAAUGUGAUCAUUUAAUGGGAGAAUAUGUUGAUCAUACUAAUGUAGAAAAUGAAAUAAAGAAACAAGAGAAUGUAAAAAAAGAAAGCAAUGAUAGUAAUCUAAUGACUGUAGAAGAAAAAAGAAAAGAAUGUACAUCAACAACAGGUAGUAGUACUGAAUUUAGUCAAACUGCUGAUAAGGGUCUUGUUACAGUAAUUGAUGGUAAUCUAUCUACAAAUGAUCGAGCUCUACAACAAGUUAUUUUAGAAAACGUGGAUAAGGAAUAUGACAUAAAUUUAACUUUAUCACAAUCGUCACCCAGACGAACUAGAAAAUCUUCUAAAGAUAGUCAGGCUAGUAGCAGAAAAAGUAGUAUUUAUGAGACAGAAAGUUAUAAAGUAUUAUCAGAUGUUGCAAGUGCACCUGAUGCAAUAAUAACGACAGGUAUAUUAAAAAAAACUCAAUCAAUCACUCAAAUUACUGAUGGUUCUCAAGACGAUAACCAAAAUGAUUUAGACAAUGACGAUACAAUUAUUAAAGAUAACACAUAUGGAAGAAUACCCAGUGUCAGUGAUAAUGAAAUAUAUAGUCACUCGGAAGUGAAUAGCCGAAGAAAACGUUUUCGUAAAAAAGGCAGAACAAAAAGUAGAACUACAAUUAGAUCCAAGAGCGAAAAUUCUGAAAGAGGCUAUGAAUCUAGUGGUCUAAUGGAUUCGGGUUUUGAACCUAGCCCGAGAGCUCUCCAAAGACGUAUCACUAGUCCACGUCUUGCAGCUUACUACCAAUUAAGAAAUGCUAGCGGAAGGUACUCGGAAAAAUCCGACAGUAGAAUACCAGUACGCAAGCCAGGAGAUAAAAAUGCAGUAGAUAUGAAGUCAGUUACUCAACGAAUUCAGACGAAUAUGCGACGCUAUUAUUGUGAAAGAAAAAUAUUUCAGCAUUUACUGGAAUUAAAACGUCUACAAAUUCGAACAAGUAAGACAAAUGAAGCUAUUCUUGUAAAAAGGGCUAUUGAUGAAUAUAAUAAAUCAAGUUUAGCUAGUGUUGGUCUUGGACCAUACAAUACUCCUGAUUUUUCCUUUAGUAGUUUUGAAAAGUUUUUGUACGAAAGUUUAAGAAAAUUACAGAAAAGCGGUAAAAAACAUCUUGAUAAUUUGCCAGAGAAUCCCAUUGACUUCGAUUAUGGAGAAAGUGAACUGUAUAAAAUGAGCGCCAUUCCAGAUAAUCCGUGCCUAUGUACCAACAAAACUCAUCGAUGUUUUCACGCUGUACAUGCUUAUACUGGAGUUCCAUGCUCAGCUUAUAUUCCUUACAAAUGGAAUCAUCACACAAUGCCCAAACCAGCAACAGCCGGGCCUACUACUAAGUCAAAGGGAUUUUUACCGAAAAUAAAUGCAAAACCACCUGUUAGCUCCGGAAAAGCUCAUGUCACUUUGGAGGUUUCCCAUGGUACAGAAAAACAACUAAUAGCUUUACCGGCUGAGAAGUUGGACAAAAAUAAAAGAUAUUAUGUCACUUUCACUGUUAAGGGAUCCGAACCUCCCUCAGAUAAUGAUAAUAUAUCGCCUAAUACUAAAAGCGUACUUAGUGGCUGAUUUAUAAAAUGAUGAAAAUUAUGAAUACUCACUGCCAGUUAGUGGUAGAUUUAGACAGAGAUAAAAAAAUUUUUUUCAAACUAUUGGUUGUAUUGUUGUGCACAAUAUUUGUUGUGAGAUUUAUUAUCAUUAGACUGAAGAAACCGUCCGAUAUUAGAGCCAGAUUAAGACACGAAAAACCUAUUUUUCUAAUUGUAUAGAAAUGAAAUUAUAAUGUAUUUUAUUGAAACACUGAGCAAUCUUCAAUAUUUUCUAAUGUUUCAUAUGUGUGUAGUCUUCCUAUUUAAAUAUAAAAUUCUGCACAGAAAUCUGUACAUGUACGUCUGUCCAUUGUUAUUACCACACAAUUUAUGGAAAAGUUCCAGUAGGUAGUUUUAUUUAGGGUGAAACUAAACAACAUAGCUACUCUAGCGGUUUAGCACAGUGCUCUAACAUUACAUGGUCGUGGGCCCGAUGCUCAUAAUCACCAAACAUUUAUAUAUAUAAUAGUACAAGCAAAUAGAGUAUGGGUCUGGAUAUUAUUCUGUAUGUAAUUAUAGAUCUCAAACAUUUGUCUGUUUUAUGUGUACUACACAUAAUACAAACUCUGCUUAAAGAAGCUAAAU